AUGGUGCGAGCAGUCUAUCCCAAGGUGGGAUGGUCUCGUGUCUCUAGUUCAGCUUUCAAGGUGCUUUGCGGUCUAGUAGUGGUGAACAUCAUCAUGGUUAUCACCAAUGUUGUCCAGAGCAUGUACACUCUGAACAAAAAUACCCAGCGCAUCGAUCGCGAUAUCCAGCUCUACGGUUUAACAUAUUUCGCCAUCAUCUCAUUCCUACCUCUACCUCUUGUUCUGCUUGUUAUCCUGUCUCCCAACAGGAAGUGCAUUGAGCAGUUUGGCUCGGGCAGCUGGAUUGCCAAGGUGCUCCUCGUUGCUCUUACUGGGUCAUUGCUCUGCCUUGGCGCCUCAUUCCGUGCCGGUACCUCGUGGAUGACACCACGCCCUGCCACCAGCCCGGCCUGGUACCAUAGCAAACCUUGCUUCUAUAUAUUCGACUUUGGAAUUGAUAUCUUGGUCGUGGCGAUUUUCCUUGUUGGCCGUGUUGACCAACUGUUUUGGGUUCCUAAUGGAAGCUCAAAGGUCUGCCAUUCCAGAGGACUCAAUGAUGACGGUAAGUCCUCUCAAAGUGCACAGAGCGGACCGGAGGAGGGAGGCUACGACCUCGAGAGCCGGGGAAGCAGUGUUUCUCGGUUUUUGGUCGAAGAAGAACAUUAA